AUGCUUCUAGCGUUCGGAGGGUCCAGCCUUGCCAACGAUGGCUCGGGACCGCACAAAGGCCGACAUGCCUUCUUUUCCAUCCUCGAGUCAGGGUCGCUCUGCACUUGCAUCGGCACCUGUCCCUUCUCUAGCUCGCGCGGUCCAGAAGGCAAGAGGGUACGGUCAUUCAAAGGGUUCGUCCUAGACAAGAGGUACCGGAACGCCCAGCAAAUAAAGGCUGCUGCCAUCACCAGCCCUUACGACCAGCAGAAGUGGCGUCCGUCGAUGUGGAGGGCCGUGCAACGUGGCGCACGUUCCAUGAUCUGCUGCACCGUGCAGCGGAUAAAGGUGCUCAAAGGGUCUGAACGAAGGCCUGAGGAUCCGCCACCAAUGAAUGCCGCGUGGCAUCAUCGAGCUGGAUGGGAUACCGCCAGCUUGGGCCGUGUGAAGUCGAGUCUCCACGUCUGCCUGCUCGGUCGCCCCAAGCGUCCGGACGCCACGGCUGGUCACGAUGCGAGCGUCGACCCGCCCAUCGAUGGCCGAACCGGAGCCACGGGCUCCUGUGGCGCUGGUCACAAAGGCCUCGCUUCUCCAAGCAUGCUCCUGGCUUCUGCCAACGUCAGGUCGAGCCGCUUGCUUCUGUCCAAGCCCUCAGCCUCGGCCAAGUCUCCUUGGCAACGCAGAGUCCGGCUCUCCACCACGUCCACUCGCACUCCACCUUGCAACGAGCUUGCUCUUGAUCCACAACGCCCUUCCUCUGAGGUCAAGCCAGGCUCGCCAUCGCCGAUCAUGUCGGACUCCAAACCGGUACGCCUCGACUGCGAUCUCUUUGAACCGCCGCCCGACGAUGAGCCUGUCGAGACUGCCAAUGACGAGAACCAACCGCCUCGCCCGGAAUCCUCCGUCCAGGCUCCCGUGGUGCAGACCGGGGAGCUGCUCGAGGGGGAUGCCGGUGGCAGCCCAAGCAUGGCUUCGCAGUGGUACGAGCAGGCCGUCGCCGCGCCGACUCCGCGACGCAUGACUAACAAACAAGCCAUCUCUCUGUUUGUUCCUCCUCCUGCAACACAGACGUCCACCGCUUCCGCCACCGCCAACACCUCGGCUCCCACUGCCGUUCCCUCGGCCCCCACUGCCGCUCCUUCGGCUCCCACUGCGCCUACCAACGCUCCUCCUGCCGCUCCUGCCGCUCCUGCCGCUCCUACCGGCGCUUCUCCCGCUGCUCCCUCGGCUCCUCGUGGAACUGCUGCGUGGGGUGGCCAUCUGGCAGCGUGCCAGCGAGACCGGAAUCUGCGUCUCUUCCUUGCCCGCGGCGAUGGCAAGAUCGCCGAGUUUGUCUCGGACACCUCUCCCGAUGGCGGCAGCGCUUCGAUCGAUGUGGCUGCCGGCACCCUCAACACUGCCUGCCUUGCCUCAUCGCGCAUCGCUGCAACCACCUUUGCGGGUGACAAGACCAUCAUCGUCUACCAGAAUGCCGGUGGCUCCAUCUGCCAGCGCAUCCUCGCUGGAUCAGGCCAGGCGUGGAAUGACGAAGAGGUAGUCGUCGCCGCCCGCGACCAGCCCCUGGCCGGUACUACGCUCGCCGCGUACGAGACCGCAGAUGGUGUGGUCCUCUUCUGGCAGAACACGAGCGGUGCCCUCAUGCGUAAGUUGCUCGAUGGCGAAGACACGGUCUAUCCGCUCGACAUCAAGGGCGAGACCCCCCCGCCCGGCUUCCACGUCCACGUCAACUACGAGGGCGACGACCAGCCGCUCACGAUCUACUGGCAGAGCGACAAGGAUUCUGUCAUCUACGGCCUCCGCGGCCCUCCCUCGGCUCACAAGGUCGACUUCACCGCGGCUGCUCAGCUCAAGAUGACCUCCCUCACUUCGGCCUUCGCCGUCGUCGAGACGCCCGUCAUCGCCGAUACCAAGGCAGGCGGUCCCGUCUUCUACUAUUCCAACCCCAGGCGUCGAUGCAUCGAGUCUACGGCCGAGGGAGAGAUCACCGCGAUCCUCACCCCUGCGUCUGCGCACAUCGACCCCAACUUUGGCUACUGCCGCCUCCGACCCGCUGCCAGGGCUGCUGAUGACGCCAAGGCCACCAAGCUGCUGUGCAUCAGCGACGACAAUUCGCUCUGCAUGCUCAUCGUCAGAGACGCCGUCGACCUCGAUGACGACAAGACUCAGCUGAUCCAGCUCCACCUCUCCAAUGCCGAUUUCCCACCCUCUGGAGCCGGACAGCAGCCGGCAGACAACAGCGGGGACAAGAGCGGCGCCAACAGCGGGGGCCAGCCUAGUGGCGAUGCUUCCGGCCAGCCCAACGGUCAUAAUCCACAGAAGCCUGCGGACGACCAGAAAGCUGAUCCCAAGCCGAGCAACAUGCCCAGCAUCAUGAGCUGGAUCCGCAAGACCUGCAAGGAGGUUCUGACGCCCGACAACCUCCAGACCGCCGUCAUCCAAGCCAAGCUCAGCAGCAGCUCCUCGCGUCUCGACGCCGUCUUUGCCAGCACUAGUAAGCUGUGGGAUGGCGAUAACCCGCAGAAAAUCUACUAUGGCUUCCUGCCCGGCGAAUUCGCGGGCAACGAACUCCAGCAGGGAAAGGUGAGGAGCGUCAUCGACGAGUGGACCUGGUACGCCAACGUGCAGUUCAUCGAGGGCAAGAACAUCAGUGCGUGCGAUGUACGAAUUCGCUUCAAUCCCAAGGACGGCAGCUGGUCGUACGUCGGUACGGAUAGCCACACCCUUCAGCUGCAGGAUGCCACCAUGAAUCUUGCCUGGGUGCAGCCGUCGGGAGCCGUGCCAACCAAGAACGAGAGGGCCGUCAUUCUGCACGAGUUUGGCCACGUCUUGGGCUUGCUGCACGAGCAUCAGAGCCCUGCCCACGGAGGCAUCGCCGUUGUAAACGAACAGGCGGCUCUCGACAUGUACCGCACUGGCCAGCACUGGCCCGACAAGCAGAUCUACGAUCAGGUGAUCAACGUCUACAAGAUAACGGACGUAUCCAACUUCUCUGAGGUAGACACCACCUCGAUAAUGCACUAUCCGCAGCCCAAGGAGCUCACCGGGCUCAAGGAAGACAUCGGAUACAACAAGGAACUCAGCGACCUCGACAAGGCCUACAUGGUGCUGCAGUAUCCUCGUGACAAGCCCCACGCGCAAGCACCCCAGUGGACGUUCGACCACGCCCUUGCUGUCAUCAAGUGCCCCGAAUCCGUGUGCCAGCAGAUGCGCACGGCGAGGGCCGCCAUCAAGAACUCGGAUGGCAAGACAGAUUUGAGCGAGCUUCGCAAGAUUCUGGGCGACUGGUCCAUUUCAGCUCACAGCAAGAACACCGGAACGUCGCCUGCCCACGACGUGGACAUGGGACCGGCAAUGCCGUCAUCUGCAGCCGAUCCAGCUCAGCCGCUGCACGGCGAUGAACCUCCUCCUGCUACGCCGACCAAUUUCGUGUCAGAAGGACCCUUCAUCAAAGUCAUGUACGACAAGCUCCUGAACUUCUUCCCUCCCGGCGAUGGACAGUACUUUGCGCUCCAGUUCCCCACGCGCUACCUCGACAAGGCGUCGUUCGCCUACGAUACGAGCAGCGUCUUUUCGCGCUUCGAGAAGCCCGUCGUGGUCAACGAGGCCGAGUUUCGGCUGACCGACGACCUGUUCAAUCUCGGUCCCAUCGUUGGCGGACCCAACGGCCAGUCCCUCUCCAACAACUACGUCAAGGUCCUCAACUCGCUCGUGCCUUCCUACGAAGGUAUCGAGGCACGCAAGCAGCGAGAGCUCAUGCGCUCGUGGCUUCUCGCCGAGACGCACCCGGACGAGGCUGCCUUCAUCUCGGAUUCGCGCCUCGUGGUACCGAACCUGGACGGAUCGGGUGUUGCCAAGCUGGCAGGCGGAUCCGGCGUCCAGAUCUCGACCAAUGGCGCUGUCGCAGGUCAGCUGCAGCCUAACCAGGUCAGCCCUUCGAGCGACGCCAGUCUGGACGCGGCCAAGGGCGCGCUCAGAGGCGUCGAGGCGACCGGGAUGACGGACGCGCGCCUCAUGACCCGCAUGGAGUUCUCCAACACGCUCACCAUGGAGUACCUCGGCGCAAAGCAGAAGUGGGAGCUGGACCGCGACGCACAGAUGCAAGAGGCCGAGGCCAAAAACGACCCCAAGGAGCUGGAGAAGCUCACGCGCAAGCUGGCCCACAUCACGGGCACCCAGAAUGCGAUCCUCUCCAACAAAUACGCCAACGCCGUUGUGCGAGGUCACACCCACACGGUCCGAGAGCUUCUCGGCCAUCUCGACAUCCGCACCACCGCCGAGAUGCUGCAGGACGCCAAGGAUGCUCUGCGCGAGAGUGCACUCAGCUCGCUCUACACUGCCUCGAGCGUCUAUCCCGUCCAGCUCGAGCCGACAGACUGGUUCCAGGCGCUCGACACGGGCUUCACCAGAGAGGAUCUCAGCCAGACGCCCGAACUGAUGGAGCAGGCUAUCCACUCCAAGUCGAUGCAGAUCGAGGCGCUCGAGACCAGAAUCGCUACCCUCCGAGGCUUUCAGGUUGGUGUGCCCGAGGAAGCCGAAAAAACUGUCAAGCUUGCAGCCGACGCGCACAUGGCUGCGAUGGGCGCCCUCUCGCAAGCCUACACCGAGAAUACGAUCAGUGCCGUCAAGCUUGCCAUCACCAUCGCCGGCGGAGUCCCUCCCAAAGCUGGCAGUGCCGACCCUGUCGGCGACGCCUGGAUAGCUACGAAGGGGAACAUCACCAGCAACCCAAACGCGAAGAGCAAGCUCACGGACAUCUUUGGCCCCGGUCUCAACGGUCUCGACGACAUUGGCAAGCAAAUUACCAACGUGACUGCGCUCAACAUGAAAGUCAACGCCGCUUCCAGAGCGCUCACCGACGCCAUGGCCUUUGCCGCUCUUGCCAAAGCGGGCGACACGCACAUCGAGGUGGAGAAUACACAGCGGGCUCUCACGGCCGCCAAGGACGAGCUUCAAGAGCUGCAAGACCAUUACGGCAUGGCACUCAAAGCGCAGUCCGUGCGUGCCGACGAGCUCAAAAAGCCGACCGAGGAAGUCGGCAAGCUCCCCGCGGGCAACGGCGGCAGCCGAUGGAUCGACCUUUCCGUCAGCUCUUUGGUCAAGAACGAUGAACAGGCGAGCGUCGCCUCGAGCUCGGCCAAGACGGACUCGUUCUCGUGCAACUUUUGGCUCGGCUCGGUGUCCAGGAGCUCGUCGAGCCAGUCAGCGUCGGUGGUCGAUAAUCAGAGAAAAUUCUCGCUCAAGGUGACGGUCAACAUGCGGGUCACCUACAUCACUGUCGAUCGCUCUGGCUGGUUCGACCCCAGCAUCGCCCAGAUGAGCGGCGCCUUUAUGCAUGUCUACCAAGGCGACGACUACGCCUCGUGGUCAACCUGGGGCGACAAGGUCAUGUCGACGGACGACGACGAAACCAAGAAGGCAAAAAAGCAAAAGGCAGACGCCCUCAAGAGCUCCCAGUUGGCGUCAGAGAUCUCGCAGGGCAACACCAGCAACAUCACCGAAGGAUACCUGUCCGCCUUCCCCGUCGGCUACGUCUUGGUCAAGGAUUGCGUCAUCCAGGUCGAGUCGGACAGCUUCACGAGCGACGCAGAUCGAUCGUCUUUCAAGGAAAGCAGCUCCAGCUCGGGCGGCUUCCUAUGCUUCUCUACGAGCAGCUCUUCGAGCAAGACGGGCGACUCAAGCCACUCGAGUUCGACCCAGACGAGCGACGGCAUGGUCAUCCGUAUUCCCGGUCCACAGAUCUUGGGCUACAUGAUGCAGCUCGUGCAUCCCGACAAGUCGCGCGAGUUUGUCAAGAUGCCCACCGACUAUCUCUUUGAAGAGAUGCAGCGGAUCGACGCCGAAGACAAGAACCGCGGCGGCACUUCGGGCGGAGGAUCUGCCCCUGCCCACGGCGUCAACCCCGACCAGGUCCCCGACCAGACCGACCGGAAACCCGGUGUCAGACGCUUCAAUGCAAGUGGCAUGUUCCGCGACGGCGACAACAAGCCGGCCGCAGCAGCGUCCGCAAGUCAAGGUGGUCAGAGCGGCUCUCCGAUGGGACCAGCCUCUACCAUCGAUCCCAACGCUGGCAGCGGCUCAUUUGCGUCUAGCCAGAGCUACGCUGACCAGGUCAAGAAUCUC